UUCUAGAAGUCUAACGCGUGUCGUGAUUGGACAAUUGUAACUUUUGGCCUUUUCAUUUCGCAGUUUGUAUACAGGAAGCAUGUAUUUAUCUCUAAAAUAACCGUGUUUUAGAAGUAUUCCACGCAAAAUGGAAAACGGAGCAGAUAGCAUCGUUCUGCUUGGAAAUCAGCUGUCCUUCAUUGGCCAGGAAGCAGAGAGUGUUCCUGGAAUACUGGGCAGCAAGUAUGGCAAAACCAUCACAAGACUGGACCUCAGCUACAACCAACUGAAGAGCCUAAGUGGCAUCAAGAGUUUUGAAGUUCUAGAAGAGUUGAUUCUAGAUAAUAACCAGCUCAGUGAUGACUUGGAAAUUCCUGUCAUGCCGACUCUUCACACACUCACACUAAACAAGAAUAAAAUUGUUAAUUUGGAAAGUUUGCUUGAGAAGAUUUCAGGAUGUUUACCCAACCUAAGAUACCUAAGCAUGCUUGGUAAUAUGGCAUGUCCUAAUGAGCUGUCGUUUACAGACCACGACGAGGAGGACUAUCAGAGAUAUCGCUACUAUAUACUGCACAAACUACCAAAGCUCAAAUUUCUGGACUCAAGAACUGUCAAGGAACAAGAAAGACAGGAAGCCAUGCGGGUUGGCGCAUUCAUGAAGAUUGUUACCCCUAGUACAGCAACUGUGAAAACUGGUAGCCCCACAGACAGCGAUUUUGAUGGCUUUAAGUACACACCGCUUCCCACAGAGACUGCAAGCUCAGGCGAGCACCAUGGUACCUUUGGCCGAUGUCGCUAUGUGUAUUACGGCAAGCACUCAGAAGGCAACCGUUUCAUACGAAACAGCGAGUUAUAACACCAGGAAAAGCAUAAGAAACAGCGAGUUAGGCCUAGUUUAAACUCCAUUCUUUCCUUGUACCGUUCUAAAUACAAAUGCAUGAAAAUGAAUCAAUACCAUUGUUCUACGUUCAUUUGUAUUUGGAACGGCACAUGAAAAGAACGGCGUUUAAAAUAGGCCUUAUAACACCAGGAAAAGCAUAGAAAACAGAGAGUUAUAACGCCAGGAAAAGCAUACGAAACAGCGAGUUAUAACACCAGGAAAAGAUCCAGUGUGUUAAUGUUUACAAUUGUGGAUUAGCUUCCACAAUUGAAGGAACCACAUUUCUUUGCUUUUUCUGUUAAAAACUAUUUUUACUGUUAUGUAUCCGGGAGAUGACUGGCAGCAGUCUUGCUUUUGUCCCUGGGACUGUAGCUGGCAGGGGGACCCAGAGGGGGGUGGGGUGGGGUGGGUGGUUGGGUUUGAAGUACAGCUGCUCUACCAAAAUCAGAGUUUAAUGUGGACUUUUCAACAUAUGAAAGAAAAUAUAGGGUUUGCCCCAAAAUACAAGGCAAGCUCCCCCUCUUAUCCCCACAAAAAGUAUAGCUUUAAUUUUGUGGCAAACUAGGAAAUAGCAAGUAGGGCCACGACAGAUGGGGCAAGGAGAUCGUAAAAGAGAAUUGCAAUGGAAUAACUUUAAAAAACAUAGCCCCUUGCUUGGCGCUGCCGUCUUAUGGCUAUAUCCCGUUUAGGCGAGUUCUUCAGAUUUUGUGCGGGAGGGCUAAUUCCUAACAGAGAAAACUAGAAAAUAUUACACUCUCGUUAUCAUCAAACGUUAUUUUAGUAUAUUAAAUGUUAGGUUUGCUAUUUUUAAAAUAUCAAAUGAUUUUAUUAACCUGUUUUUUACCGUGUAAUUAAAAUAAUUUUAUCAAGGCUAUUGCUAUUUUUGAUGGAGGAAUUAAGCAAAUUCUUUAAGACUGUUAAAAAUAAAGAAGGGUGAUCAGGAAAGAGAAAGUAAGUAGGAUAGUUGAUGACACAGGAAGCGAGCAGGAUGGUGGAUGAUACAGGAAGUAAGCAGGAUGGUGGAUGAUACAGGAAGUAAGCAGUAUAGUGAAAGAUGCGAUUCCUUCCCAGGUCCCUGAUGCUCAAUCGCGCCCGAGCUUGCAGCUCGAGCCGCCGCCAACAAUUCGCCAGGAAAUAAUUAGCGUAAACGAUCUAAUAAAUGCCCCCUAUGUAAA